CGCGCGCUGGGUUAGGAACACAGAAAGAGCGAGUGUUUAAGAAUCAGAAAAUUUAUUUGUAGUUAAAAAUGUCGGCGAGUUUCAGAAAAAAGAUCAUCAGACCUCCGAUUUAUGACCAAAUCUUAGAGUUGCAGAGAAAAAUCCAACUCCUGGAGGGAGACAGAAGAACACAGUUUGAGAGCUCGCAGAGUAUAAUAAAGAAGAACAGAGAGAAGAUCCUGCAGCUCAGACAUGAGAAUAAACUCCUCCACAGGAAACUGGCCGAGACGCUCGCAGGAGAUGAGCAGCUCAUCAGGGAUGUCUUUCAGUCCCGUAGCUCGGAAAAGGCCUCGUACAGGAACAUGUCUGGGAAGGAGGCAGUGCAAGUUCUCGAUCAGAAAGUGUGUGACAAGGUAAAGAAACUGAACGCACUGAAACACGUGACAAACAAACAGCACCAGCGUCUGGUGGAACUGAAUGCUGAGUACAACCUAAUGAGCUCAACCCCCAGCCUGGAGACUGACAGAGUCACCACGAACAAAGAGGACUUUGCUGAUCUGCAGCCCCAAAAGAACCAGCGUGUGUUAGAGAAUCGGUUAGUAAAAGCACAAAUGAAAUGUCAGGAGGCAGAAUACAUCACGAAGAGCUACCAAAAACUAAAAGAACACCUGCAGGAGGAGAGUCUGAUGUUCCAGCCUCAGUUAGAUGAGCUGGAGUGUGAGAUUAUUCGACAGAAACAGGAGCUCAGAGACCUGCAGCUAAUAAACAACAACGCACAUCAGGCCAAAGAUGCAGCCAAGGCAGAGCUACAGCAUCAGAAGUUUAUUGUGUACAGUGAGAAGAGAGAAAGAGAGAUUGUCCUGAAUCACUACAAAAAACAGGCAGAGGAACAAAAAACACAAACUGACAGGGGGGAACGCCGAACCCAGAGAGUGGCACUGCACACAGACGAGUUGAGCAGUGAAGCUCAGCGCAGUGUAACAGCAGAGGGAGAAAAUGACAAAACCAUCUCCAGCUUUGAGGAGGCUUUCAAACACAUCACAGAGGCUACAGGAGUCACUGAUCCACAGGAGGUGGUGGACAGGUUUCUCUCUCAGCGUGAAAGUUGUACACACCUGGAGCAGAUGAAGGUGCAGAACGAGCUUGAGCUUCAGCGUCUGAAGGAGGAGAGAGACACAAUCGACACUCAGUACCAGGACUUGAAGUACUCAGGAGAGACCAAAUUGAUCCAUGGGAGGAGGAUGUUGGAAGAGUGUAUUUCUCAGUUACAAAGAGAACAGAAGAGACAAGAUGCAGCUAAAGAGUCUGUGGACAAAAUCACGCACACACUGAACACUGUGAGCAACGCUGUGAAGCAUUUGUGUGCCAAACUGAAGCACAUUACCCUGCAGGAUACCCCUGUGCAGCAAGAGGGUGUAUCUCCAAUGCCAGUGUUGGAUCUGUUGCGGGAGGCGGAGCUGAAACUGAUGCAGCUGCAGAACGAGUUACAGGGACAUGAUUUACACACACUCGCCAGGGAGAUGGAGGAGCAAGAGUUCCAUGCAGUCAUUGAGGGGAAACUUCCUGAUUACAACACCCGCAUUACACUCCCAGAUAUUCAGGGAGCUGACCUGUACGAAGAAGAGGAAGACAGUGGUGAUGAUGAUGGUGAUGUCAUCACUCGUGCAUCCCUCAAACGCCAGUCGCAGCUCAUCAUCGACUCGAGGACCAAGAGGAAGACUCGCCUCAGGAAGAGGAAGAGCAGACUUUGAUCUCUCACGUCAUUUCCUUUUCCAUUUCAUUUGAGAAAUAAAUAUCAUUUAGUUAAUUAUUAGAUUAGUAAAUAAAGACAUUUUCAUUUCUUAGCUGUAGAGAAAAUGAUGUCAGAGUGAUGAUAUCUAAGAUGAUGAUGUCAUAGGGUGUAUUCUUACUGUAUAUGAAGUAGCAAUAAAUACACCUGAUGCACAGAAUCAAUAUAAAUUAAGCCACAGAAAGUGAAUAGAGUUUAAUAAGAACAGGAUUCUCCAGACCCUGACAGAGAGAAAGAUUUGCAUUUGGUGAUGUCCACAAAACUCUCAGUGUAGCUCUGUUAUCUCAACACUGAGUCUUUGUGUAAAUGAUCUAUGAAUAUUUGUUUCCUUUUUUUUUUUUUUUAGGAUUCCCAAGAAAUCCUGGUGUGCUUUAGAAUGGCUAAUUAUUGAUCCUUUUCUUUCAUUUGAGAUUAGGACUUAAAUGAUGUAAAAUACUUUAAUAAUAGACACAAAAUACACAGAAUGAGUUUUGUUUAUAGAAAGAUUUUAAUGACUGAUUAUUUACAUUUGUAUUAUUUUAAACAAAGUAAAAAGUCCAGUAAUUUUACAUGUCGUUUUAACCAAUGGUACAUGAGCAUGUGUUUGUGGUUAAGUGUUUACAUGCUGAAUGUCUGGUUCCUCUCAAGGUUUCUUCCCUAUGCCAUCUCGGGGAGAUGCUCAUCAGGGACAAACUUACACUUAUAAAGAACA